AUGAGUCAGCUCGGUUUGUUAUUACAGGAGACCCGGGGUGAGUCAAGAACGAUUCUCGGGUUGUUAAGAGAACAAAUGGACGGUGUCGAUGGAGUUCCUCGUAGGCGCCGUAGCUUCAAGGAUCGGUUUGGAUUCAUCGGGAUAGGUUGUUGCGGAGCCACACGUGGAUUCCGUUCUUCUUCUUCUUCUUCGCUUCAACUGCCUCAGCAACAACUUUCGGAUACGGAUCCGGUUCAGGAUCCGAGCGUCUGCGUUGGCCCGAAUCCAACUGCUUCGGGUAAUAUGAAUCUUGCGGCGGCGUUAGCGGCGGAGCGACAACUCCGAAGACCGCCGGUGGAAACGAGCGUCGACGGAGGCGGAGGAGGUAGAACUCCGGGGACACCGUGGAGAGUGUCGUUGAUGAGGCUCUUAGAGGAGACGGAAAAUGGUGACACGCUGACGGCUAAGGCUGUGAGAGAGGUAAAAGAAAGUGGUGUGGCGGGAAAUGAUUCGGUGUGCUGCGUGUGCAUGGGAAGGAAUAAAGGCGCGGCGUUUAUUCCAUGUGGACACACUUUUUGCAGAGUCUGCUCUAGGGAGCUGUGGCUGAACAGAGGCUCCUGCCCACUUUGUAACCGUUCGAUUCUUGAGAUUCUUGAUAUUUUCUAA